AUGGCCUCAGCCAGCGUACAGCAGCAGGUCAUUCGCGAUGAUAGUGUCCAUAUCAGAUCCUCAGCUGGCGGUGGUAGAAGCGUCCACGCAGCGCGAGAUUUCGAAGCGAAAUCGCAAAUCAUGUUCGUCGCAAAGCCACUACUAGUUGCUCUGAACACGGCCAAUCUUAUUGCCAAUUGCUAUUCCUGCUUGAAGCCACCACGAGAACUCCAGCCUGGGUCGAAUGGUCAAGACUCAACCCUGAAAAAGUGCGGCGGGUGUAAAGUGGUCAGGUUCUGCAACCAGAAAUGCCAGAAGCUAGCAUGGUCCCAGUACCAUCGACUGGAGUGCAAGUUGUACGGGAACUUGUUUCCAAGGAUUCUGCCCAGCAAUGUCAGGGCCAUGAUACGUUUGCUGAAGCAGCAUAAGGCAGGCCUACUUCUUGCCGGCGAAUGGGACCAGCUCCUAAGCUUGGAGAGUCAUGUAGACCAAAUCUGCAGCGCUGGAGGGGAACGCUUGGAGGAUCUUCUGUUAAUGACCCAAGCUAUCAAGUCCUACUCCGGCUCAGACUUGGAUCCUCAGCUCAUCCUGCGAGUCUUGUGCACACUCACCAUCAACACUUUCACGCUCACAAACCCACAGUUUGAACCAAUCGGUCUGGCGCUACACCCUAGGACAUCCAUGUUCAAUCAUUCCUGUGUACCAAAUGCCUACGUAAGAUUCGACGUUUCCCGGAGUGACUCCUUGUCUAGACCAGCAGACUCUCAUGGCAUAUCUGUGCAUGCAUUGCAACCACUCCAAAAGGACGAGGAGAUUACUCUUUCAUAUGUUGACGGCAAAUAUCCUUUCGAACAGCGGCAACGAGAGCUCAAAGAGAGGUAUUUUUUCAUCUGUGCGUGCGAACUGUGCAGGAGCGAGAAGAAUGCGCCGGUGCUGCCAUCCAGAACCAGCCAGAAAGCGAAAUCAGUUGAGAGCCACGCAGAGCGAGUACUCUCCAAAGUCCAGUCAGCGCCUGUAGUAAGUCUGCAACAUAUCGACGAGAUCAGGACCGCCAUGGUGGCUUUCGCGGAGCCAGGAUGUUGGCCCCUUUAUCACUAUCCAUGGCUUCAGUUGCGGCACGAACUCUUACAGGGUCUCAUUGGGUCGACGAAAUACUCCGACGCUCUCUUGCAGUCGGCAGCCAUCACAAGAUACAUUCAUCCGGCCGUAUACGAGCAGCCACAUCAUCCGAUUCGCCUUACGCAAAUGUGGACUCUUUGGAAUCUCUGUCGCACUUGUGUUGAGGCAGGCUUCCACCCCACGGAUCGGGCCCAGGACAGUCGAUCUCUCCAUAUGCUCAACAUGCUCAGUUGUAUUGUAAUCGACGACCUAAACAAGGUUUUGACCGAUGGCAUCAGGAUCAAUGGCGAAAUCGAGUACGGUGUCGAUGAGGCACUACAACUUGUCGCUGGCAGAGCCGGAAUGUGGGGAGAGUAUCAGCGUGCCCCAACAGUCGCGCGCAAAAAUGUCUGGGCCUGGCUUGAGAACGAGAUCAAUUGUCAAUUAAAGAAAGAGGGCGUGUCUCAAACACUCAUUGACGAGGUUUCACUGAAUCAAGGGCCAUCAAGCUGA